CUAACAAGAACGGAGGGGGGAGGGAGGAUGGCACGAGAGGAGGACGAGCAGAUAGGUGAUAAUGUUGUUAGAGAAGCAAUGGAUGAGGAGGAGCACGGAGGAACAGGAGACACAGAAAUGGAGGAACAGAACAUUCUAGACCAUGAAAUGUCCAUCACAGAAGACCUCACCGAAAACCAGGCUGAUCUUGGUCCUCAGGAGUCAUUACCGCAGCGUACAGAGGCUGUAACCUCAGAUGCACGGGAAGACGUGGAUUCAGACCAGGUGGAAGAGGCCUUUGAAAUGCAGGAGGUGGCUGAUAUUGAAUCGGACAAGCGGGGAGGAGACGUAACCUCAGAGGAGGCCAAGUCCACGACAGAGAGUGAAGGUGAACAACCUUCCCAGCUCAUCGAAGGAACAGUAACAGAUGAAAGCGGUGAACUGACAGAACAACCAUUGGAAAAGACACUUAUAGAAGAAGAAAGACAAGGAAGAGCAGAGGAGGAAAGAAUACAGGGAGGAACUGAGGUGGAGACUGAGCCAGUGACUGUUUUAGAUGAUGAGAUUGAGGUUACAGAGGAAGAACCUAGCAAAGAAGUGCAAGAGCCAAAAUCUGAUGCCACUACAUCUGAAAAUACCACAGCCGAGACAAAGACUGAAGAGAAUCAAAAACCGGAUUCAGAGAGGAGUGAAAUAGGUACAGGGAGGGACGAGAGCCAGAAAGAUGAAAUCAAAGUGGUGGAGAUUGAGCUAAAUGGAAGAGUAAAAGGACUGAGGCGGGUGAUGGAGAAUGGCAUCAUGCCUACUGAGCAGCAGCCAACUUCCCUAAAGAAGAGAGAUAGUUUCGGGACAGCAAGAGUGAUGUCGUUGAGGAGAAAAGAUAACGACUGGAUAAAAAAAGACCAAGCAGAGGAAGAGAGCACCGUAGAAAAGAAAGACUGGAGGAAAGAAAGCAUGCCUGUGAAAAAAGACACCCAGGAAACGGAGGGAGUAAAGAAGGACUGUGUGAGGAAAGAGGCAUUAAGGGAGGAGAAAAGUCCCCCAAGGAAGGACGACUGGAUAAAAGAGCUCAAGUCGGUGAUAAAAAACGAGUCACUGCCAAGAAAGAAAGAUGUGCAGGUGAAGAAAAAGCGAGUUGUGCUGAUGGAGGAUGGCCAAUCAUAUAUUCCCCGGCGGGAGGAGAGGAGGGAGGAGGAGAGGAAAGAGGAGGUGAAACUGCUGUCCCAUAGGAAGGUGGAAAGUCCCGUUCCUCCUCUGAGCAAAAACAGCACGACCCCUGAGGAUCAGAACCAUGUGGUCUCCCUCUACGUCAAGGCCGGCAGUGAUGGGGAGAGCAUCGGUAACUGUCCGUUCUCCCAGAGGCUUUUUAUGAUCCUGUGGCUCAAAGGGGUCAUCUUCAACGUCACCACUGUCGACCUCAAGCGGAAGCCGGCUGACCUGCAGGACCUCGCUCCAGGAACCAACCCACCCUUUAUGACCUUUAACGGGGAGGUCAAGGUCGACGUCAACAAGAUAGAAGAGUUCCUCGAGGAGAAACUGACGCCACCCCGCUACCCGAGACUGGCUCCCAAACACGCUGAAUGCAACACAGCCGGCAUCGACGUCUUCGCCAAGUUCUCAGCUUAUAUCAAAAACCCCAGGAAAGACACCAACGACGUCUUGGAGAAAGCCUUGCUCAAGUCCCUGCGGCGUCUCGACGAGUUCCUGAGGACUCCGCUCACCGAGGAGAUCGACGCCGACGCCGCCGGAGACGUGCCCGAAUCCACCAGGAGUUUCUUAGACGGACCCGAUCUCACCCUGGCCGACUGCAACCUGCUGCCGAAACUCCACAUCCUCAAGAUUGUGGCCAGGAAGUACCGCGGCUUUGAGAUCCCAGCGGACAUGACGGGCGUGUGGCGGUACCUAAACCACGCCUACCAGAGGGAGGAGUUCACCAGCACCUGCCCCGCCGAGAGGGAGAUCGAAUUUGCAUACCUGGAUGUCGCUAAACGCAUAAAGUAAACCGAGGAGAGGGUGGGAUGAGGGAAUAAAGCGGGAUUAAGAGAGAUCAGAGCUGCAAGAAAGAGAAAAGAGUAGUGUAGAAAACCAUGGAGAGAUUUGAUUUGCACACACAAGGUGGAUAAAAACAUCAAAUAGACAGUCGUGUUGGGUGUUUUCCUCAAGCUUAGUGAAUCCAUGUGAGGAAAAACAAGGAAAGUUAGACGAUGAAAAUGUAGACAGAAGAGAAAAGGCUGAAGGACGUAGACCAAACCAACUCUGCAAUCCAAACUUCUGAUAUCAACAUUUAGAUUUAUAAUAUUUCUGUGUUGGUUUGGAAGUCGACUGAUAGUUGUACCGCAGUGUGUGUGCUUGUGUGUGUGUGUGUGUGUGUGUGUGUGUGUGUGUGUGCACUCACCGGCUGGGCUGCACAGUGCUCUAUGUGCUAAUCAUUUAAAAUAACCGCAUCCACAAAUACGAGGUUAGUACAGAAUUAAUGACUUCAGUUUUCAUGUUUCAUUUCUCAAUGGCAGGGCCAGUUAAACAAACAAAAAAAAAAAAUCACAAUUCAUAACUAAAUGUACCAGAAACCCCUCAGUCUAAUAAAUAAUGUGACAUUAAGUUAACACCUCUCACUAGAUUCCUCUGAAAUACAGACAAUAAAUAUAUCAGAUUAUCUUUAAAUUAUGUUAACGUGAUUGUAUCAGUGAUGUGAAAUUACAGAACAUUUUGUUUUCCAAAUGUGCUUCUAUGAGGAUACAGAUUUAGCAGCUGUGGAGCAUUAAAACGAUGCAGCCUGUUAUUAAAGCCAUUCAAUACCACACAUUAAAUGUAGCUAGAGUGCCUGUUUCACUCGGGGCACAGGUAGUCGAGCCAUUAUCGUGUCAUCUCGUGAAUGCGAAUCUAUGGCCUUGACCAUAAUGCAUCUGUCCUGCUCUGUUUCUCAGCGAUAUGACGGUGUUAUUGUGCUAAAACCCAUCAGAGCCGGGAGGCGCUGGACUGUGGGAGCCGGCGAGGCUGAUGGACCUGUGCGCUCUUCGGGGAGCUUUUAAAUUUCACUCAAGGUCUUGCAUGCGUGGGGUCGAGGUAAACAAAUCAAUGGACUGAAAUCGGUGGGAUAAAACACAGUAAAGUAUCAAUUGAGGCAUUUCUAUUCUGAUUUGUUAUUGUGAUUAUUAGUGGAAUAUUAGGUGAAAGUUAUGGGUUUCUGCCUCAAACAACAAAGAAAAGGACACACUAACUAAGCAUCCCACAUGAUCAAAGCCUAAUAAUGAAAGGUGUGUGGGUCUAUGUACUUUUCAGUGACAUUAACACCCUCAUUAUGCUCGAUAUUAUGCGCCACAGCGAGGCAGAAACAACUGUUUGCACGCUGGUUCGCACACCUUUUAAUGGGAAAGGUUCAGUUUAAUUAAAGCCAGACUCUGUUGUGCUCCUCCUCCUCCCAAAGUCCAGCUCACAAACUGACUGAUGGCAUUUUCUUCAUUUAGUCUUUUUUUUUUUUUUCUUGUCUUAAAGCAGAGGUUCUGUAUUCUUCAACCCAGGCUGUGUUUAAAUGUUGAUGCUCAUGACUUAGGUUCAGCCUCAAAAAAAAAACCCACCAGCAGCACCAUCAAAUACACCUCGAUAGCUGCAAACGGAGCUUUCUGUCACGUUUUAUUGACACAGGUCUGGCAGAUGUGUUGGUUUUAUUUGACAUUCAUAAUAAUACAUCACAUUGGACGUCAGAACUCCUGUCUUGUACAUUUCUGAGCUACAGCAUGUCGUUGUUAACUCGGGGUAAAUCUAUGCUUGCAAGAAGAAGAAUCUCACAAUUAUACUCCACAGGGAACAGCAGAUAAAGGAGCAUCAAAUUUUUCAAGUUAGCCAAGUUAUUUUUUUUUUGGUCAGGCGAUUACAAGAUGGAUUUGACUCUGCUGUGAGUUCCCUAUUUUCAAAAAAGGACAUUUAAUAAUCUGUUGUGAUGCUGAAAAUGAGUGCAGACCCAGUCCUCAAGCCCUCCCUGUCCAGUCCGGCAGGUUUUUGGUCCAGCUCGACUCUUGCACUCCUGACCCAGUUAAAGCCCACGCACCUUAAAACCUCUGCUCAGGUAGAUCUGUUUCAACCAAUCAGAAGCCCUUAGAUGGAUCAGGUGUGAGCGAGUAGCGCUGGAACCAAACCUUGCAGGACAGGACGGAGGGUCCUCGAGUCAGACAUGAUGGGUGUCAACAUUUCAUGAGCGAGGCUGAACAAUACCAGACUUCUUCUUUGAUGUUGUGAUGAAUCAGUAGUUAAAUCAGAAUGAAUAGGCACAAACUAUGUCGUCAAUGCCAGACUAGUAAGAAGCAUUUUCUAUUUGUACAUUUUAUAAAGAGUUAAUUCUGUGUAUGCUCUGUUCUGUGUGUAUAUGCUACUCAUAUUCUCAUUCUCUACACUGUACCUCUUUUGUAUCUGAAGCGACUGGCAGCCUGAGCGUGGGCGGGGCUCGGCGUUGGCUGGAAUUUCUGGUGUUAAUUUUGUGUUUCUGCGGCGAGAGCAGAAAACGCUGAGGCCGCCGUCUUCAUGUUGAAACACCACUCAAACAUCACAGCGGAGGUGCUUUCUGCUGCAUUCAUGUCACGUGUGGACAAACACAGCAGCAGCCUGACAGAUAAAAGAUGCAGUUUGUAGCACCUCCUGUCUCAACGUUGCCAUCUACUGGCUGAAGCUGAUGUUGCAGCCUCAUCGUGUCAGUCAUUUUUCUGUUUAACCAGUCAUUUUUCUGUUUAACAACUGUAAAAGAAUUUAUUUUUUCCUGCUGUGGGACAGUAAAACAGAAAAGCAAAGUCCCUCAAUUCUUUUUUUUGCCUUUUUAAUAGUGAAAUCAGAUCAAAUCUGAUCCCAAAAUGACUAAUGUGAUUUAAAAAAAGUUUGUUUGAGAUGAAGCUGCUGAUUGAAAUCCUGGUUGGUGAUGUGAGAACUGAAUUUGAGGAAUCACAGUCGAUCACCAAACCCAAGUUCCUAUCAGGGUUUAGCGUCUGAAAGCUGAGAUGAGCAGUAUUUUCCACCAGGAGGAUCAGAUGUGCUGGUUCUGCCGUGUGACAUGAAUGCAGCAUGACUAGGUACUCGAGGGUUUCUGACUCGAGCAGAGGACAGUGACGGGCGUCCACGUGUCCAACACCUCAGGCCGAGCUUCCACAGAGACACUGUCCAGUUUGUACGUCAGAAACUUUCCAUUCUCCCAGUUCCUAGUUGCCUUGAAUGCAUUUUUUUCUAUUUCCAUGAACACCAAAAUCACCGACUGUGGGGAUCUGGAGACCAGAGCACCACCAGUUUGAUUAAAAAAAAAAACAAAAAAAAAAAAAAAACAAGGUGUUUGGGCCGUUUUGUUUGUGGAAAUCAGCCUGCUGUGUUCUGGCCUUAUAAUCCUCUAUAGGGGACUCUUUAUUAAAAUGAUUUCACAACUA